AUGGCGUUGAAUCUUCCCGAGGAUCCAUACAAAGCGUUGGGAGUAUCAAAAGAUGCACAACUUGCCGAGAUUCGAAGUGCACACCGGAAACUCGUCCUCAAAUGCCAUCCAGACAAGGUGCAGGACGCCGCUCUCAAGGCUAUCAAGCAGGAUGAGUUUCAGAAGGUGCAGCAAGCCUAUGAGCUACUCAGCGACCAAACCCGCAGAGAUCAGUAUGAUGACCAGCUUAAGCUGUUCGAACUGAGGAAAGAGAUGGGACGGGGAAACCCUACACCGCGAAGUAAUCCAUUUGAGUAUGAGGUCAGAACCGCCGAACCCAGACCCAACGCCUACCCUCGAACGAAACCCUCACCGCAGGCUUCGCCGAAAGUCUACUCGCAAACACCGCCCAGAUCCUACGAAGAUGUAAUAUACGAAGAACCAAAAGCGGUGCCGAGGAAAACAACGAGCUACGAGUCGUCAGACCGGAAACGGACUUCGGGGAGGGAUGAGGACCGGAGAAAGCACGAGGAUGAGGAGAAGUCGAGACAGAAAUUCGAAAAAGAAAAGGAAAAGGAAAAGGAGCGCAAGCACGCACACUCGAAGAAGGAGAAGAGCCGUGACAAGGAGAAGAGGAGAGGUACCGAAGAGAAGCACUCUCGUCAAACGGCAUACGUCCACGAAGAGUCUGAUGAAUAUGUGCCUCCUCGAACCUCUGAAAAGAAGUCGAGUCGACAUAGGGCGGACGACGACUUGCGGCAGCGAGAAGCCGAACGGGUGUCUAUCAAGGAAGCUCCUUUGGCCCCGAAAUGGGACAAGCACAUGGAAUACGCUGGGCAAUAUAUGCAAGCUGCUCGACGAAAGGUCGCCCCAGCUGAAGAAGAUUUUGUCCACCCUGGUCUACGGAGAGCCGAGACCUAUGCAGCACCAUCUUACAAUGUACGACAUGUUGCUCCUCAGUUCAGCGAUGACGAUACACCCCGGAGGUCUUCUGCUCGCAAAGAGUCGAAAAGAGCUUCGGAAGCCCCGACUCCUCGAACACGAGAUAAGUCGAGUAAGGGUAGUAGCAGAAGAUCUCCAGCUACAUCCCCCAAAGACGCUUACAUUGUUGAGCCUCCUUCUCCACCUCCAGUAACCCGGAAACCUACCCUCCAAACACGCUCAUCCGCGCCACCGGAUCCAGCUCCAUUCUCUAGCAGUCAGCGAGAAAGGGAUAGGCCCCAUCGCUCAAAGACGCAAGACUAUCCCCGAAAUGACGCUGUUCCUCCUCUGCCAAGAGCACAGACCUUCGCAUCAGGGGACCGUAAAGUUGAACCAAGUCGAGACCGUGGGGGAAGCAGGUUAAAGAAGACAGUCGAUUAUUCAAGUGCUGAAUCCGACUCCGACUCCCCUUCUCCCCAACCACAACGACGCUCCCAUAGUCCCCCACCCCGCCGCGCAGCACCACCACCCGAACCAAUCCGCUACAUCAUCGACAACGGCCGCUCAGUUCCCAUCAGCACGCGACAUCGUUCCGAUCUUCGUGAUCUCAACGAAGACCAUUACCAACAACGCGAUCGUAGCGAAUCCCCUCACGGUCGCCGUAGUAGAGAGCGUUCAGCUGGUACGAGAAACGCCAGUAGUAGACAAGUUCCCAUCCGCUCACAGAGCCAGAACUACUACCCCCCCGAUGCACCUGAGCCAGUGAUUCAUACUGUGCGCCCUAAAAUGGCCCCGCGUGAAGCGACACAUCAGAGUUCAAGGGGCGGUAGUGGGGGUGCAACAGGCUAUUUCAACGAUGUGAAAUAUGCGCCAGCAUAUAAGCCUGAGAAUCACAUCGCCAGCGGAUAUUUAUCAGAAGAGUAG